CCCAACCCAAACUUGAUGCUUUCCCUCUUCCUUGAGCCCCGACUGCUCCCCAACCGCCUGCUUUCCCUCUGCAGCCUCUUCACCAUUCUUAAAAAUCCCUCCUCCUUUCAAUUCAAGUCUAGAGCAGUCAGAAACAUGAGUUCUGAUUCAGCUCAGCGGAUGUUCCAGCUCAAACUCGACCCACUCACUGGCAACUCAGAAUGGGUUGUGAUUGAAGAAAACCAAACCCCAGAAGAGAAAACCAAGGAGCCCCUUUUGGCCACCACUUCUUAUCUUGACAUGCUCAAUGAUUCUCACAGAAACAGAGCAUUUCGUCAAGCCAUUGAUAAGACCAUUACUAAGCCUUGCCAUGUACUUGAUAUUGGUGCUGGGACUGGUUUAUUGUCAAUGAUGGCUGCUAGGGCGAUGGGUCUUGAUGAUUCAUCCACGAGUUAUUGUCCAAAAGGAAAGGUAACAGCCUGUGAAUCAUACCUUCCCAUGGUAAAAUUGAUGCGCAAAGUGUUACGAGCAAAUGGAAUGGACAAGAAAGUACGUGUCAUCAACAAGAGAUCUGAUGAAUUAGAAGUUGGCAUUGAUAUGAGUUCACGUGCUGAUGUUCUUGUCAGUGAAAUUCUGGACUCGGAGUUGUUGGGUGAAGGGCUGAUUCCCACUUUACAGCAUGCUCAUGAUAAUCUCUUGGUGGAAAAUCCGCAAACUGUACCAUACCGGGCGACAACUUAUGGCCAGGCUGCAGGAUUGGCAAUAGAAGAAUGGGCAAGAUGACAACUACUACUGCAAGAUAAAGACAGGGACUAAAAGGAGGAAGAGUAUACAAGAAUAAAGAAACUUAAUUCUUAAGAGACUAAGCCAAUCUUCUUUGAAUAUUGGAAUCCUCAUAUUAGGUUUAAGAACUUGAUGGUCUCCAAACCCAUGGAGAAAUGACUCAGCUCGCAAGAAAAGCUGUUUUGUAUUGACUAGGAUUUACUUCUGAUUCACCGCAGUCUCCAUUAAGACUGGGAUUGUAAUGGGGUGUUGCACACAAGUACAACUCAGACAAAUUAUGGUUCCAAAUGCAUUCUGCAACCUUCCCCAGUGUCAUGUCAGUUAAGAAAAAACUACUUGUACUAUAGGCUAGCAUAAGUCCUAAUCUUUUGCUUCUGAUAGACAAUCUGACUCUUGGGUUUGUAUACUGAGAGCAAAAGUCUCCUUUCUACAACUUUUCGUAUAUGGAUGAGCUAUAACUUAAUAUCUGUGUCAUCACUUAGUCAUACUUAAGAUUGACAGGAGUUUUCUGAUAUUUGCAUUUAAAAAUGAUAAAGCUGUUCAUCCUUUCUUUCACUGCUUCCCUUUCAGCUUGUUGAAAGCCCAUACUUGCGGAAGCUUCAUG